AGACAUGAUUUCUCUAUUCAGGAAGUGCAAGCAGUGACAACACUUUUAUUUUAUUUAUUUUAUUCAACGAUGGAUGUACCACAAUUAGGGUAUGCUAUUAUGUCUAUUGUUGAUGUACUAAUUUAGGUUAAGUAGACAUUUUCAUAUUUGCCUGUGGCUAGAUUUUGGAUGUUUGAUGUUCCGUCAUAUAGAAGAUGAUGAUUGAACAAUAUAUUUUUGAAAUGACUGGCAUUACAUGAUUUCAACAUAGAACCACAGGAUUUGUAAGCAAAUUUUAAGUUUCAACACUUGCAGAGUUUUGACUCUCUUGCACAUUUUGAGAUUACCACUGAAUUGUGGUUAAGCAUUAACACAUUGAAGUUAACAUUUAGGACAGUUUCAAUUCGAGUCUACUUGACGUUUGAUAUCCGCCAUUAUGACUCAGCCAUGAACAUGUGCAUUUUUUCGGCAACAGACCCAUCCAUGACUGGAUAGCUCUUCAGAGGACACAUGAACGUUUAAUUAUGGAAGCUGGGCAGUUGGCAGAACCCACCAGCACUGAUGAUAUGAUUAACCUGAAUUACCUAUUGGCUGGGGGAAGCUAUGGUGCAUACCAGUUCAGCAAUACUUGUGUUAUAGACUCCAUUUUGGCUGGAAUUCAUGUUCUUGCCAAAAUGUAUCUCCAAAUUCGAGAUUUGUUCACGAGGGAUAACAAAAUCAAUGCGGUUAUACGUUUCCUAGACUUCGCCAAGGUCAAUGAGGCAAAGGCACUGUGGCUUAUUAACUUGAGCCUUCGUAAGGGAAAAAACCUCAUGCAAAAUGAAUUUGUAGAUAUCAGAGGUUAUGUUAGAGACCACUUGUCAAACUUCAUUGAGCUGGUAUGUGCCAGCUUCGACUAUGAUGACUCGCAAUCAAGCUCCACACCAUGUGACACAGUUCUCAACAACAUAUUGAGGAAGUUUGAGGAUUACGGUGAGGUAAAACCCUUAGGCACUUCUCGUCAUGAACCCAAACUUAUCCUGGUAGACAUUGAUGACCGGAUGUGUAUCCUACCUCCCCUCUCUAUCACGGAUGAUUAUGAAAGGACAUACGAGCUCCAGUUCCUGCUGAUGGGACAGAGUACACCCCUGUCCAACCACAUGGUCCUAUUCCUGUCCACUCAGCUGACUGGCAGAUGGAUGAUCUAUGACAACAUGAAAACACCCCUGGUCCAGGACAUUGGUGUGAGUGAACUACAGAGAGCUACAGAGAGGGACAAGUAUGUUUCCUAUCUUGCUGCUUAUGUGAAGAAAGAAUAAUAAUAAGGCUGCUUCCGGAGUCAAGGGCAUCCUCUUUAGAUUUUAGUUCUGUAUUUCCGAGAUCCUGUCCCAACUACAACUAUUAGCAUUAUUUUAAAAAUCCCCAUAAAAUUCUGUCAAUUUAAGAUAGAGAUGUUUUUUUGCAUUGAAUGCAUCUCAAUCCACCGCAUACGCCAAUGUCACUCUUCCGCAUCGGUGGUAAAAGGUGACGGAGCUUAAGCCAUGUUUGUCAGACCAUGAGACAUCCCGAAAAUCGGUCUUUUCACAAAAUCGUCUGUAGUGUUUGAACAGUUUAGCCUAUAAAACUAUUAUAACCCCUCUAUUGAAAGAUGAGACUCGCGAACACAAUGGUAUUUGCCGUUUGGGACACGUCUGAAGUUGGUACAGCCGAUCUGCCAACAUCUGUCUGUAGUGUCCGAACAGUUUGGAGUACACACUAAUGCUUCUCUGUGGAAAGGUGACAUGCCUCACAAGACUCCUCUGAAGGUGUCCCGGUACCAGUUGAAAAAAUGAGUGCAAGUACAAUACCGUUCAAAAGUUUGGGGUCACUUAGACAUUUCCAUGUUUUUGAAAGAAACUUUUUGUCCAUUAAAAUAACGUCAGAUUGAUCAGAAAUACAGUGUAGACAUUGUUAAUGUUGUAAAUGACUAUUGUAGCUGGAAACGGCAGAUUGUUCUAUUAAUGGAAUAUCUACAUAGGCGUAAACCAUCAACCAUUACUCCUGUGUUCCAAUGGCGCGUUGUUAGCUAAUCCAAGUUUAUCAUUUUAAAAGGCUAAUUGAUCAUUAGAAAACCCUUUUGCAAUUAUGUUAGCAAAGCUGAAAACUGUUGGUACUGAUUAAAAAAGCAAUAAAACUGGCAUUCUUUAGACUAGCUCAGUGUCUGGAGCAUCAGCAUUUGUGGGUUUGAUUACAGUCUAUUCUUGUUCUGAGAAAUUAAGGCUAUUCCAUGCAAGAAAUUGCCAAGAAACUGAAGAUCUCGUACAAUGCUGUGUACUACUCCCUUCACAGAACAGCACAAACUACCCUCGCUACUUUUAUAGCCUCGCUACUGUAUAUAGCCUGUCUUUUUACUGUUGUUUUAUUUAUUUACUUAACCUAUUGUUCACCUAAUACCUUUUUUGCACUAUUAGUUAGAGUCUGUACGUAAGCAUUUCACUGUAUGGUCUACACCUGUUGUAUUUGGUGCACAUGACAAAUAAACUUUGAUUUGAUUUGAAACUGUAUAUAACCAGAAUAGAAAGAGAAGGAUGCCCUGGUGCACAGCUGAGCAAGAGGACAUGUACAUUAGUGUCUAGUUUGAGAAACAGACGCCUCACAAGUCCUCAACUGGCAGCUUCAUUAAAUCGUACCUUCAAAACACCAGUCUCAACGUCCACAGUGAAGAGGCGAGUACAGGAUGCUGGCCUUCUAGGCAGAGUAUCUCAGACUGGUCAAUAAAAAGAAAAGAUUAAGACGGGCAGAAGAACACAGACACUGGACAGGUGAACUCUGCCUAGAAGGCCAGCAUCCCAGAGUCGGCUCUUCGCUGUUGACAUUGAGACUGGUGUUUUGGAACACAGGAGUGAUGAUUAUGAGCCUCUGUACGUCUAUGUAAAUAUUCCAUUAAAAUUCUGCCGUUUCCAGCUACAAUAGUCAUUUUCAACAUUAACAAUGUCUACAUUGUAUUUCUGAACAAUUUGAUGUUAUUUUAAUGGACAGAAAAUUUGCUUUUCUUUAAAAAACAAGGACAUUUCUAAGUGAACCCAAACGUUUGAAUGGUAAUGGACAUAUAGAGACUGUUUAGUGCCAAAAAUAAGGGGUUAAAUACAUAUAAAAUAAAAAACGUUUCAAUUAAAUACAUUAAUUAAUGUUUCCUGAUCUAUCUUAUAUCUCGCCAAUAUAGGACAGACAUUUCAGAACAAAAUUAAUUGUAUUUAUUUACAAGGAACAACUAUCUGUUGUUCCAUGUAUUGAAUCUGUUACUCAAUGCGUUUGAAAUGGCUAAUAGCAGUAAGGCCCAAACUUGUUUUGUAUCAAAUAUUUUUGACAAUAUUUUUGGGGGAUACUUCAAGGGUUCUUAAAAUUCUACAUCAAAUAGCUAAAUGAUCGUUGGUAUAACCUUCUUAAAACAAUUCCAUGUAGCUUUGUAGAACCCCCUCCCCCAUGACUGUACGUCACUUUGGAUAAAAGCGUCUGCUAAAUGGCGUUUAACUUAUUUUCAUAUUAUUUUUAUAAUGUUACUUAAUGUAAUAAGCUCUUCAGAAUGCUCUUUUUUUUAAUGUUGACAGCAGUUAUAGCCAGGAAUAACAUACACCAUUGACUAGUGUUAAGUGUUGUCACAGAGAGAGGUCUAAGAAUGCAUUGAUGCUAUGGAACCUUUUAUUCCUGCAACUAUGAACAUUGAUUUUACAAUAAUUGUGGUCCUGUCGCACAGACGAGCUACUACAACAGGAAGAAACUGAGUAACUGACACUCCAGAUGUGUUUAAAUGUUUGUUCUGUUUGAAUAAGCUAAGCUAUCACUAACAAGCGGUAGCUUGUUUCAUAUGGCCAGUAUUAAUAUGUUUACCGUUUAUUAUUGACAGUUUCUUUGCCCGUUCAUUUGAUAUUUCCUUUAUAUAUUCUGUACUACAGUAUAUGGUCACACUAUACAGAGCUGUGAAUGAGUAUGUGAACCCCUGCACUGUUUUCACAUAUUAAAAGGUGAAAUAUUUGUUUGAAUAAAAAAUAAUACGAU